GGUUUGGUCAGGAUGAGAAGGUCUCCAGUCUUGAGAAUAGUAGGAGGGUGGAGAGCCCCCGUAAAUCCCGAACUGUAGGACGAGAUGAUCUAAGAUCUAAUGUAUCCGACUCCAAUAUUAAACGCUACCGGAGAAGAAGGUUUACUAAUCUGUUUGGAUCUGAUGUUGAAGAUGAACUGAAAAGUGUAGUAUCUGAUAUCCCUGCUCUUCACUGCAGAUCUUCCAGUACAAACUGUGUGAACGAGGUUGGAGGUAGGCUCCAGGUGUAUCGAGGACAAGAGGCUAGGGAUGAGGACAACAGGUUGGUGUAUAGAGGACGGGAGGACGCAGAUGAGGACAACUAUUACUAUUCAAGGAAAUCAGAUAAGAAGGAAAAUCGUUCAAGGAAACUAGUUAGCAGGAAGGAGGAUGACUAUCCAAGGAAAUUAGACAAGGUUGAGGCAAAAAUGAUUUCAAUCCAGGAAUCGUUGAAGAAAGAUAAGAUUCAGCUGAAGAAAACCAAGGAUGAUACGAAUAAAGGAAAGAGAAGUCAAGAAAGAAACUUGGAAAGGAUUCUGGAGAAGAGUCAGGAUAGGAGCCAGGACAGGAGCCAGGACAGGAACCAGGACAGGAACCAGGAAAGGAACCAGGACAGGAACCAGGACAGGAACCAGGAAAGGAGCCAAGAGAGGAGCCAGGAGAGGAACCAGGACAGGAACCAGGACAGGAACCAGGACAAGAACAAGGAGAAAGAGGAAUUAAAGAACUUAAAUCUACAAAUUAAAGAAAGAGACGCCCUAAUAGCAAGACUGCGGAGUAAGGUGAAGGAGCCUGGCCCAGGGAGAAGAUUGAAGAACUUAAAGAUGAAGAAGGAGAAGAAGGAGAAUAGUAUUAAUGUCAAGAAAGUCCGAAUUCAACAGGCAAAACUUCACCAGGACCUUGAUUCUCGAAUAGUGUUGGCUGAGUUAGAAUACAGUUUAGAGAGAGAUCAGAUUGAUCUUAUGGAAUUAACAAAUCAAAUCAGGAACCUGGAGGAGGGGCGAGGUGAACAAUCCCUUUAUUGUUUGCUUAAUCAAGGAACUUUCCAGGUUGUACUCUGUAAGAGUGUUGAUGUGAGUUGUCUAGUUCUAACAGAUCGAGGAGUAGAACUCACUGGACUCCAUCCUGACGGAGUACUCCAGGAUGGAGAUAUACUCCUAGAGCUGGCGGGGGAGUACAUGCCGGAUAUGGUUGAGCUGGAGUGGGAAUCCUUUAGAAAAAAACUUCGAGAACAUCAAGAUCAUAAUAUAGUUGCUGUCAGAAAACUCCUUGAUUCAAGUUUGGAUUCAAAUAAAGAUCUCUCUGGACUCAGAGACAAUAUAGCGCUAAUCCAGAACCGGUUGGAGGAAAAACUGGCCUCAAGUAGAGUACUUGGAGAAGAGCUGGAGGAGAUGAGCAGAGAGAAGAGGAGCAUAGAGGAGGAGAACACCAGGCUAAACCAUCGAAUUCUGUACCUGGAGGAUCAUGUAACAAAUCUUCAAAAAAGUUUUAUGCAGGUCAGGGAUUCUCUGUCUAAAACUUUAAAUUUUAAAGUUUUAGAAAACUGGGGAAAUAUAGACCAGAGCAGUGAACAUAAUUCCGAGAGAACAUCUGGGAUAUACAGCACUAGUACAGGGAGCAGUUCAUCCAGCUCUGGAGGACAUCAGAUCAGGGUAGACACCAGGUCCUAUCAUCCAUGUGCUGACCCGUCUAAAUCCUCCCAGCGGCGCUGGCCAGCUGGAGACCUCAACGCUAUAAAACCUGGAGAAGAAAUAAACAUCACACUUCUUUCUACAGACACAGAUAAGGACGUUUACACAAAAUAUAUUGGUCGAUCUACAUCACGCAUAACCGGAAAUAUUAUAAACUGGUCUAGUAGGACCCGAAAUGAGAGUCAGAUGAUCUAGUUUUGAGAUAAAAAUUUUAAGUUUAAAUGAUUAAAGAACUAUUUUUUUUAAUUGUUCCAACCCUUACAUUUUUUCCGAAAAUUUUUUUCCACGACUUUUUUUCGGACGAAUGCGUUUUAUAAACGGCUCACUGGCAAUGCCUCAAAGCAAAAAUUUCAAAGGAAACAUAGUUCAGAACUAAAGUUUUAUUUUUUUGUUUGUUUUUGGCAAAAUUUUGUUGGGCCUGGAAAAGGUCACAAUGUUAAUUGUUUUGUUUUAAAAAAACUAGAUUUUGUCUGUUUUAAAAAAGAUAAUUUAUUCUAGUGUUUUUACUUUAUAUCCUACAAGAAUUUCUAAUCACACUUUUACGAAAAUGCUGAUUUAAGAAAUUUAAAAACAUUUGAAAUAGCUAAAUUUAGAUUCAUAACUUAUUAAAAUAGAUUUU